AUGGAUUUCGGCGGUGCUGCCAUGAAUAAUGAUGGAACCAAAACUGUGACCAUUGGGUGUGACUUACAAGAAAGUUUUUGCGAACGCUUGGAAAGAAUUCACGAUACGUUAUAUUUAAUCAAGGAUUGCAACUCAUUGGAUGAGGAAACUACUAGUAUAUCAGAAGCAUUGCUAAUUCAGUUUUAUGAUGAUUUGGAGAACGCUGCUUUGGCGAUUCCAGAUUUGGUUAACGAGAAACGAUUGGGAAAAGAGGAUAUUUUAUCGUUUUUAAAUUGGUUAUUAUUGAAAAAAAACCUACUUUACCAGUUUAUUAAUGAUGUUCAUGAUAUUGAGAAAGGUUUUGCACACUUAUUGGAUUUGUUGGAGGAUGAAUUUUCUAAAGACGACCAAAAUAGAAGUAAAUACAAUCAAUUUAGUCCAAUGUUCGAUGUCAUAGAAGAAUGUACACAAAUAAAAAGCCAGUUGGAGCCAUGGAUGACAAAUUUGAAAGAGUUAUUAGAUACUUCGUUGGAGUAUAAUGAAAUCUCAAAGGAUCAUAUGGAUACUUUACACAAGAUUAUUAAUACGAAUAUAUCACACUGUCUCGAAAUUCAAGAAGAAAGAUUUGCAUCUCCAAUACGGCAUACUCCAUCGUUUACCUUGGAACAACUAGUUAAGCUAUUAGGAACGCACACAGAGACCACUGAGCCAAAAAUACCGAAGUUCUCUGCGGCAGAAGAUAUCUUAUCGAGAAAGUUCUUGAAUCUAAAAAAAAAAAUCCCACCAAUCGAGAAAAGCUUAACUGAUAUUUUACCUCAAAGGAUUGUACAAUUUGGGCAUCGGAAUAUAACCAAGAUUACUAUUCUGCAAACCAUUCUUCAAAAAAAAUACGAGCUGAUAAUGAAAGAUUAUAGAUUUAUGAACUCAGAAUUUAGAGAAUUGAAAAUUGAAUUAAUUGACAAACGUUGGAAUAUACUUUUUAUCAAUUUAAACCAUGAGCUCUUGUACAUUCUUGAUGAAAUAGAAAGACUGCAGUCAAAGUUACUGACAACAAAGUACACAAAAGAGAUUACCAUAAGGUUCGAGAACCAAUUGGAAAAGAAAUCUAAAACUGUUUCUAAAACAUUCAAUAUUAUUUAUAGAGCAUUGGAAUUCUCACUUUUAGACGCUGGCGUCGCAUCAAAGACGAAUGAACUAGCUCAAAGAUGGUUGAGCAUCAAGCCUACGGCAGAUAAAAUAUUGAUCAAACCCUCCUCUUCGAAUAAAAUAGGCACGAAAAAAAUAAAAACUCCAAAACCAAGAUCGCUAGGUUUUGAUCGACCGAAUGGUGUUAUUGGAAAUAUAAGCUAUAACUUUCAGGAGAAAGUUACCAUUGAUGACAUUGAUAAUAAUAAUCCUUCAAGUACAACAGUGGUUCCGAAAGGCAGAAAACUCGGUAAAGCGUUACUGCAGAAGAUGAAUAUUAGGCCUGCAACAAGCCCGGACUCACCAAAUACAAUCAACCCCUUUUUUGAUCCUGAAUCUCCAAACAAAGGUAAAUUGGUACUAAGCAGUGUUCCUCCUUUGCCUUAUGACGGGCCUGACGAAAGCAAUAUUCGUAUUUAUCGUAAUGAUGAUACCAACUCUACAAGCUCCCUCAUUGCACCUCGAUAUAGAACGGAAGUACUGAAUACAGAAACACCCUUGAUGGCAAGGAACAAAACGGUGCUUGAUAUUGAAAAGGAUAAAUGUAAGUAUUACCGAUCCUUGCCUUCAAAAAUUCCAAUAUACAAGGAUAAGCCGAUGAAAGUCUCUGUAGAAAACACACCGGUAGCAAAGGUUUUUCGGACUCCUCCAACAAAAAUCACAUCCUCUAGGAAUCAAGUCUGGGUUCCUUCUACAAGAAGAAGAACCCAACUGAGGCCGCCUACCCCAUUAUCACAACUACUUUCACCAGAGAAAGGACGCUCGGAUAGAACUCCAGCUUGUUAG